AUGAACCAUGUGAAGGUGAUCCAGAAUCAGGACAAGAUAAUACAAGUUGGCAGUGGCAAGAGUAGACUACAACUAUUCAAACCAAAGAUAUCUGUGGUUGGAGUUGGAGGCGGAGGAGGCAAUGCAGUCAAUCAUAUGAUUAGGAGACAUUUGGAAGGUGUAGAGUUUGUAGUGUGCAAUACGGAUCAACAGGAUUUGGUAAAGUCAUUGAGUAGCAAUAGAAUACAAUUGGGUCCACAGUUGACACGUGGUCAUGGUGCUGGUUCAAAGCCAGAGAUUGGUAGAAUGGCUGCAGAAGAGUCGAUACAAGAUGUUAUGGAACAACUGAAACACUCUGACCUUGUAUUCCUUGCCGCUGGCAUGGGUGGUGGCACUGGCACUGGAUCAUCACCAAUCAUUGCAAGAGAGAUUAAGAAGAUGAACAAUGAUGUCCUAGUUGCGGCGGUGGUCACAAGACCAUUCCGAUUCGAAGGAAAGAUCAAACAGAACUAUGCUAGCGAGGGACUGGAAGAGUUGGGAAAGUAUGUGGACACGUUGGUCGUUGUGUCCAAUGAUAGGUUGUUAUCGAUGGCCCAGCCAAACACUACGAUAGUGGACUCAUUCUCAAUGGCCGAUGAGAUAUUGCACAGCGGUGUAAAGACCAUCACCAGUAUAAUCAAUCAUCCAGGUCUGAUCAAUUUGGACUUUAGCGACAUCAAGGCCAUUCUGACCAAACGUCCUGGCUACUCACGGAUUGGCGUGGGUGAGGCUUCGGGCGAGGACCGAGCACUCAAGGCUGCGUUCGACGCCCUGAACAACCCGCUGGUGGAGAGCGAUGGACAGAGCAGCAAGGCGAUCCUCAUCAACAUUGCCAGUGGCGACGACAUCAGUCUCAAAGAGAUUGGUCGUGCCAUCACCUAUCUCCAAGAGAACGCCCAUCCUGAGGCCGAAAUCAAGGUUGGCCACUACAUCGACAAUAGUCUGGCCGGUCGAAUCAGGAUAUCUGUGUUAUAUGUACAUUAA